AUGGAUGUCAUCGGACCAAUUGAACCCGCUGCUAGAAACGGACACCAGUUCAUUUUAGUGGCUAUAGACUACUUCACAAAAUGGGUUGAAUUCGCUUCCUAUAAGGCCGUGACUAAGAAGGUCGUAGCAGAUUUUGUCCGGGGUCGUAUUAUCAAGCAUCGAAAUUCCACAGCAUAUAGGCCACAAAUGAAUGGGGCUGUAGAAGCUGCCAACAAGAACAUCAAGAAGAUAGUGAGAAAAAUGGUGGACAACUACAAACAACGACACGAGAAGCUACUGUUUGCUUUGCUCGGGUAUCGCACCAUAAUUUCUGUUAUUCCCCUCGAAGUGGAGAUUCCCUCCUUAAGAAUCAUACAAGAAGCCGAGCUCAGCGACACAGAAUGGAUACGGAACUUGUAUGAACAACUAGCUCUCAUUGAUGGCAAGAGAAUGAAUGCGGUAUCUUUGGAGGUAACUGUCCUACAAACAGGAGCAAUUAUCUCUCCGGUUUUCGCUUACAAUGUUCACAUCUUUCGACCGUCUUAA